AUGGUUUCAAAAAGGGUUAGGUACGCCCGGGCGCAUUUUUCACGACGAAAACACAUUGCAUUACUCGCACGUCCAUUGAAAGUACAUUUGUAUAAAGAUAUCAACAUUUUAGAGAAUCCAUUUACGGUGUCGCGAGCAGCCUUGAAGUUUCGUCCCACAAAACGCCUUAAAAUCUUGGCAAAGCCAAAGUCUAUUAAUAAGAAAUAUGAUUCUGCAAUGAAAGCCCCGAUAUAUUCUAAGGUCCCUCAAGCGGCGUUGAAUGCCAAAGCAAGCAAUCGUAUAAAGGAUCUUUCUCUUCCCCCGAAAAGUGCAGUGAAUCAUAUACGAAAAGUGUUUUCCCAAAAUAAAACGAAAAUGGAAUAUAUAAAUAAAAUUUCGCUUGAAAUUCGCAAAUCGAGAUACCAAAAGUAUCGACUUAUUUGCAACACACUCCAUCAGCAAGCAUUCGCCAGGGAGUAUGCGGAGUUUCCAGUUCGCUUUCGCUCGACUGCUCUCCUUCAUUCAUUUUGUCAAGGGACGUUCGCUUGGAGGAAGAAAUUGAAAAGAUUUUUAGAAAAACCAUCUGAUUGGGAGAGACACAAUAAAGUUUUAGAACGACUCGCAAAACCGAAGAGAAAACAUUUUCCACCAAAAUUAUCACCUUUAAGAAAAUCGAAAAAGAAAAGAAAAUAUAAUCCAACAAGAGUUGAGAAAUUGGCCCAACCGUUGACUAGAGAGGCACCUUCAAAGAAGAAUGCCUUUAAAGUUAAAUCCGGUGCUCUUAAAUAUGAAAUGACCGAUAAAAUGAAAGAACUCGCGUAUCGAAUUUAUCCCCGAAUUUGCAUAGAGCCUCGUAUUCCCGGAAAAGUUACGAUUUCGGCUUUAAAGUAUGAGGCUAAUGAUCGAAUACAGCAACUCGCGAGGCCGCCAAAUAGACCACCGGGAAGGGAAACCGAUUUGAAAGAUAAUGCCUUCGAUGUUUCUCCAACAGCAUUAAAAGCUUGGUGUUCGCCUGCAAUUAAGAAAUUGGCUAAACCUCGAAUUCACGCGUUCAAUCGUCAAUGUCCAAUCGAAAUUGAUGAAAGUGGAACAUUGCAAUCAAACGAAACAAACAUGGGAAAAUUUAAUUACGAUCUCGUUAAAUCGCGAUGGGGACUAGGUCUGAUUAAAACAGCAAACGAAAGUCGUCCUCCCACGAUGCGAGAAAAAUCGUCCCCGACGAAUACAUUGGGACAACACGCCAUCGACGUUGUUGAUGUCGAGUUCAAUUUUCCCUGGACCAAUGUUGAAAUAAUUUAA